UGGCCGCCGGUCUCGUAAAUUUCAAAGCUCGGAAGAUGCAGUCGAUCUCUUGAUGUAUCUGUAUGCAGAGUCUAUUCAUGUCGAGCGCGAUGUCUGCCGAUGCUGGACCUAGUAGCAAUUGGACGAAACUCAAGCUGACGCUCGAUGCUCAAUCUCGAGACAAAGGCAAAGAGAAGGAGACAAGAUUCUACGAGGGAAAGUCGAAGAAAAGAAAGGCACUCAAAGGGGUCGCAGCGUAUGUGCGGGGACCAGCCGAGCCUACGUCAGUCGAGAGGGGGGACGGACAUGUCCCGUAUUUAUUCAUCCACUCGAAAGUCAAGACCUGACGUUCACGACGUAGCGAACCGUCCUCUGGACUUUCCAGAAUAGCAAACAGUUCAAACAUCAAGGCUGAUGUGGUGUUUCAACCUGCUAAAGAAUACAGUCCUCUAGUCGGCGAAUUGAGGGA